GGGGGGAAGGAGAAAGGGAGGCUAAAAGGGAGGAGAGACAGGGGAAAGGAAAGGAAGGCUCAGAGCAGGGGGAAGGACCCUGGGUGAGGGUCCCCCUGCCACUAUUCUGCUUUUUGGAGACCACAGGCCCUUUGACAGAGGAAGAGGGAGGGUCAGUAAGGGGUGUGUUGGGGGGGGAUUAUCUCCCACUGAAAAGCAGGAGAGAGAUAGAGAGACAGAAGAGACAUCAGACACUCAUUGAGAGAUAGGGUGACAGAGACACAUCAGAGUCAAAGGAACAAGGGGGUGUGAAAGACAGAGACCCCUGGAGGCAUCACUGCCCGAACCUGGAGCCUGAGAGAUGGGGGGCCCAGCUCGCUUCAGUCCUCCUCGGGCCCUGCUCCUUGGGGCUGCUUUAGGGGCUGCAGCUCACAUCGGCCCAGCGCCUGCCCCCGAGGACUGGUGGACCUACAAAGAUAAUCUCCAGGGAAGCUUCGUCCCAGGGCCGCCCUUCUGGGGCCUGGUGAACGCAGCCUGGAGUCUGUGUGCUGUGGGGAAGCGCCAGAGCCCCGUAGACGUGGAGCUGAAGCGGGUCCUCUACGACCCCUUCCUGCCUCCGCUUCGGCUCAGCACCGGUGGAGAAAAGCUUCGAGGGACUCUAUACAACACUGGACGACAUGUCUCCUUCCUACCAGCCCCAAGGCCUGUGGUCAAUGUGUCUGGGGGCCCCCUCCUCUAUAGCCACCGACUCAGUGAGCUUCGCCUCCUCUUUGGGGCCCGAGACGGGGCUGGUUCUGAGCACCAGAUCAACCAUGAGAGCUUCUCAGCAGAGGUGCAGCUCAUCCACUUUAACCAAGAACUCUAUGGGAACCUAAGUGCAGCCUCACGGGGUCCCAAUGGACUGGCUGUCUUGACACUUUUUGUGAAUGUCGCUGCCAACUCUAACCCCUUCCUGAGCCGCCUCCUGAACAGAGACACCAUCACCCGGAUCUCCUACAAAAAUGACGCCUACUUCGUGCAGGACCUGAGCCUGGAGCAGCUGUUCCCCGAAUCGUUCGGCUUUAUCACAUACCAGGGCUCGCUGAGUACCCCACCCUGCUCUGAGACUGUCACCUGGAUUCUCAUCGAUCGAGCCCUCAAUGUCACCUCCCUGCAGAUGCACUCUCUGCGGCUCCUCAGCCAGAACCCGCCGUCCCAAAUCUUCCAGAGCCUCAGCGGCAAUGGCCGGCCCCUGCAGCCCCUGGCCCAUCGCGCCCUCCGAGGCAACCGAGACCCGCGGCACCCGGAGAGGCGUUGCCGGGGCCCCAACUACCGACUGCACGUGGACGGUGCCCGCUGAGAAGAGGACCUGCUUGCCUUCUCUCCCCACUCCCCAGCUAAAUCUAUUAAAGAGACAGAACACCUUU